AUGGCUCCGCUAACGGAAGCGCCUGGCGAAAACUUCGUCGAAGAGGACAAGAAAAAUUUGUGGUCCCAGAUUCUGCACGACGUUCAGAAGAACGGGAAUCCGAAGCUGUCUCCUCACAAGCAGAUUUUAGUUUUGGGCGAUAAUGAAUCGGGAAAGACUACGAUGGUCGCGAAACUUCAAGGCAUUGAAAACUCGAGCAAGGGCUCAGGAUUAGAGUACGCGUACAUAGAUGUGCGUGAUGAUUAUAGAGAUGAUCAUACCAGAUUGAGCGUUUGGGUAUUAGACGGCGAUCCAGCACACGUAGACCUCCUGAAAUUCGCUUUAAACGAGGAAACGUUCCAGAACACUUUGGUUAUUCUCACUGUAUCGAUGACAACUCCUUGGGGUAUAUUAGAACAACUGCAACAUUGGGCUUCGGUGCUGGCCGAUCACCUGGACAAGUUAAAAUUAGAAGUAGAUUUGAGGCAAAGCCGAAGGCAGCUGAUGAUUAAAACUUGGCUUGAUUACGUAGAGCCCGGGGACGAAUUGGAUCCUUCCUCUCCGAUGAAGAGGAGUUCGAGGAACUUGGGCGAUGAUGACGAGGGUUUUGAUGGAUCUAUGUUACCGGAAGGCACUUUAACUAAUAUCUUGGGAUUAGAUAUCGUUGUGGUUGUAACUAAAACCGAUUACAUUCAGAAUUUGGAGAAAGAACACGAUUAUAGGGACGAGCAUUUGGAUUUUAUGCAACAGUGGAUCAGACGGUUCUGUUUGCAAUAUGGCGCUGCCUUGUUCUACACCAGCGCUAAGGAAGAUAAAAACUGCGAUUUGCUUUAUAAAUAUCUCACUCACAGAAUUUACGGCUUUCCUUUUCACACUCCGGCGUUAGUCGUUGAGAAAGACGCCGUUUUCAUACCGGCCGGCUGGGAUAACAUGAAGAAAAUAUGCAUUUUAUACGAAAACAUGCAUUCUUGCAAACCCGAUGAUUAUUAUAGAGAUGUAAUCGUUCAACCUGUUACAAGAAAAACUGUUAAUAGAGAAACUGAAAUUAUUGCCGAAGAUGAACAGGCUUUCUUAACGAGACAACAGCAGAUUUCGUUUGGAGGUGGUCCCCCUACUGCUAGGUUAGGCGAAAGUCCUGUGAGGCCCCCAAUUGGAGGUAUUCAGAGUUCUCCGAGAAAAUUAGACGGAUCGAAAGUAGUCAGUUCGCCAGGUGGCGAAGGCGUUUUAGCGAACUUCUUCAAUUCGCUUUUAUAUAAAAAAACGGGAAGCCCUGGUGGUGGAAUGCCGAAAACUCCAGGCGGAGACAACGUGCCCGAUAAAGCUGCUAUGAGAACUGACGCCGCAGCUGAAUUAGAUAGAUUGGCGAGAGGGGGUGCUAUAAAGCCAAGUCCACCGCCUAGCAUGGGCAAUGACAACAGCACCGCUGGUAGUACCAGUAGCAGCGGUUUAGAUUUUAAUGCGUCCGAUUGUUAA